AUGGCUGACGAAUACGACGCCGAGCAGGCUGCCGAGCUCAAGAGAAAGAGAGCGUUCCGAAAGUUCUCCUACCGAGGAAUCGACCUUGAUCAGCUCCUCGACCUCUCCUCCGACCAGCUUCGCGAUGUUGUCCACGCUCGUGCCCGCCGCAGGAUCAACCGUGGCCUGAAGCGCCGCCCCAUGGGUCUCAUCAAGAAGCUCCGAAAGGCUAAGCAGGAGGCUCAGCCCAACGAGAAGCCCGACCUCGUCAAGACCCACCUCCGAGACAUGAUUGUCGUCCCCGAGAUGAUUGGCAGUGUCAUUGGCAUCUACUCCGGCAAGGAGUUCAACCAGGUCGAGAUCAAGCCUGAGAUGGUUGGUCACUACCUGGCUGAGUUCUCUAUCUCAUACAAGCCUGUCAAGCACGGUAGGCCCGGUAUUGGUGCCACGCACUCUUCUCGAUUCAUUCCCCUCAAGUAA